AUGGCUGCUGCUCCCACCCCGCCCUGGCGGGCCUUCCACGGUGCAGCCAUCGUUGAUACUUCCAUGGUCAUUUUUGGUGGCACGACUGAUCCGACUAAAAACCCGUACGGAUCCACCAUCCUCGGAUCCAACGACCUCUGGAUCUGGAGCACCACCCUCCGUCAAUGGUCCCAACCCACGAUCCAGUCUGGAGGCUUGCCCAACCCACAAAAGUUCUUCACCUCGGUCCCACUCCUAUCUCAGGGCAAGAUGCUCUCGCUUGUUGGCAAUGCCUCUGCGGCGUAUAACAAUCUCCUUAUGCUGGACAUCUACAACUGGAUCUGGUCCAUUCCCACUUCACCAAACCCUGCGGUGGCGCCACCUCUUCGACUUGGAGCUGCGAUCGGAUCAUCAGCGCUCAACACGAUGAUCAUCUUUGGCGGCAGUGACCAAACUGGCGCCGCCUUCAAUACCGUGAACACGUUUAAUCUCACACUCGAGGUCUGGCGACUGGCUGUUCCUGUCAGUGCCGGCAGUGGUGGAUCUGUCCCUUCGGCGAGGAAGGGUCACACGGCUGUCUGUCUCAACGAUACCAUGAUCAUCUAUGGAGGUGGCCCUGAUGGUCCUGUGGAUGACGACGUGUGGGUGCUGGACGCAUCAGGUACCCAGUGGAUGUGGAACAGGAUGCCAACCAACAAACAGCAGGGACCAGGACCAAGGACGGGACACUCGGCUCUCCUGAACGGCACUAACAUGCUUGUCUGGGGGGGCUACGGCACACCUCUGCUUGGAGACGCCAAUGUGUAUAUUCUGGACACAAAUACCUGGAGCUGGAGCUCAUCCAAGGAGGUUGGGCCUUCGAUCCCCCAACCCAUAGCACCUACACCGAACGGCAACAGUCCUGACGUACCGGGCAACAAGAAGAACAACCUACCUCUUACGAUUGGUGUGGUCUGCGGAAGCCUCGCGUUGAUUGCUGCGUUUGUGGGACUUUUGCUGUUUAGGAGAAGGUCGGCCAGACGGAAAGAGGAAACGAUUCCAAAAGAACCCCAGAAUACGCCCCGGUACCCGGACGAUGGAGGGGAGGCAUAUCCGUCAGGAGAAAAGAUCAUGGAGAGCAUGGAAAAGUAUGAGGACACAAUUGGCAACGCCUCUGGAUCUUCCUCAAGCAACAGGCGUUCUCGAGGACCGCAAGCGCUUUUGCCGACAUAUGGACAACCAAUUAAAGGGGAGCACCAAGGAUACCCAAUGGUCGCCAUAGCGGCUACCACUGCGGCGGACAUGGAUUCAAAUAGAGCAUCGUCAAGUCGGUCUUCAGGACAGUAUUAUCCACCUCCACCGCAGUCGUCACAUGCUAGGAACGCCUCUCAGACAGAUGCUGAUAGGAGCACAUUCUCGGGUACCGCAGGCGCCAGAGUGGGUUCUAUCUCGUCAGACCCAUUUUAUCCGUCGUAUUUGGCUGAGGAUGAUGAGGAGGAUGCCGACCGGUGGACGUUUGCGUCGUCGCUGUCGUUCGACCAGAGAGAGAACAGCCAGGGCCUUCCCACUUUGCGCUAUAUACCCACACGUGUCCACGCCCCCGGUUCGACACAGCGCUCUUUGGGCCAUUCAACUGGCAGCAUUGGUACCAACAGUAACCACCGGAUACCGAUGAUGAUCCACCCAGGGUCGCGACAAGCAAGGAGAGAUGCCAGCGGAAUGUCGAUUCUUUCGGGAACAGGAUCGUCGCUUGGACCGGGAUCGAUCUCGUUGGCAGUGGGCACUUCGUCCGAUGUGCUGAGCCGUGAUGGAUCUACCAGCCCUCGUGAUGCGACGCUUUUCAAUUCUGUCAGUCCACUGGAUCGAGUGUCGUUGAUGUGUACCGGACUUGGAGAGGAUGGAGGUGCAGCAACACCAGCGGGACUCUUGACGGGCGGCGCACAGGCAGGAUCUGGAUCUGUCUCUGCUCAACAGGCCCAACACGCGACAAUGGGUGAUAUGUCUAAAGAGUCGUCGGUGGGUGAUCAAUCGGCUGUGGAUCUGAGACGCAAGGACACAACUUCGACAUCGACAACAAAGUCCUCAAAGACAUAUACGACGCUCGACAGCCCAGCUCUAGCGAGCCUGGUGCAGAACCUUCCAGCGCGGUACAAGCCUUCAAACUCACCCAGUCCAAUCCAUGGUGAAACCAAUGAUAUUGUCUUUGCGGUGGAUUCGGAUACUCAGCAACCAAUUGUGAUCAAAUCGUUUGCACGGAAGGAAGCCUGGGAGCGGGAAUGCAGGAUCUUGAAGCGUUUGAAGGGGCCUUGCGUAGUAGAACUCAGGCAUGUGGCGACGUUGGUGUUGUCAGAGACGGAUGACCCUAACAAGCCCGCCAAGAUCCGGUUGACAAUUCUGGAGAGACUGGACGAGACGUUGGCGCAGAUGUUGAAGAACGCAAGGAAGGCUAAGAAGGUAGCGUUGAGGGAGCAGGCGAGACCAGAGGAUCAGUCUUUGGAUCUGACGGGUCCUGGGCUUUACAAGUCUGGCCCGGCGUUGGAUGAGGGAUACAUCCGGGAUAUUGUGAAGGGUGUGUUGAGGUGUUUGACGUGGUGUCACUCGAGGCGGAUUGUGUAUUGUGAUCUGAAGCCAUCCAACGUGAUGCACAACCGGGACGACCAUCGGCAACAGUGGAAGUUGAUUGACCUCGAGUCGUCGAGGAUCGCCAGCGAAGAGUGUAUUGGUAUCGGCACUGUUCGGUACUGUCCACCAGAGGUUGCCAGAGGCACCACGAUUGACAAACAAGCUUCCUCGGGCGUCAUUGCAAACUACAGCAUCGACCUCUGGGCUUUUGGCUGUCUCAUUUACGUUAGUGUUCAGUUUGAACUAUUUUCGACGAGGGCAUUGUUUCCACUUUCGUUAUCGGAUGAAACAGUACUUCACUUUUUGGCACACCCUUCAGCUGAUACCCCGGCGCUCGCCACAGGAUUGAGAUGGAACUCAUCAAGAGAGCUUGAGAUCCCACAUUUCGAGUUGGCAGUUCCUGACCCCCAGGCUCGAGAUUUGAUCCGCAUGUUGCUGAAAGCUGAUCCCAACCGCCGUGCCACCAUGAGCCAAGUCCUUAAUUGCGAGUACUUGGGAAGAAGUUUGGAGCUACAAGAGUCGUAUGGACAGAGGUCCAUGUCAACAAUAGCCUCGGAUAGUCUUCCCAUAUCACCCACUUCCCCCAUGUCUGCUCACCAACCCAUGUCCUCGAAUUCGUCAGCUGGUGCCCCACAACAAUACCAUAGAGAUCCUUAA